AUGUCUUCGAAGCGAAAGUCUCCUCCAACGAAACUUCACGAAGGCAACAACACAACCGAAUCAAACCUCCCAUCUCUUCAACCUCAGCAGCUAGGCAGUGGCAGCGAAGGCGGUAAUCUCACUGACCUUGACGAAACUAGCAGCAACAACCUCAGCGAUAUCUGCGAAGAAGACACGAACACCAUGGUACAACAUCCAGCUGCCCCUUUCUACAAGAUCUCAGGCUCCUCGUCGCCAGGCAGCGCCACAGGCAGUGACGUUGAUGACGUCGACGAUGAGAGAACACCUCCGAACAAGACGGCAAGGAUAAUGUACUCUUCCGAGCCCAACAUCCUUAUGUCGAGCAGCAUACAAGCGUUAUCGUUACACAACGACGGCUCUGAGAGACGAAGGAAUUCUUCGGAGUGUAGUAGUCCAAAUUCGGAUAUGAAAACGAACAUUCACUAUAACAAUAACAAUAGUAGUUUGCAUAAUAAUAAUAGUUUUACGCAUCCGCUGAAGAGGUCGAUGGAUGAUGUGCUGAAGAGGUUAACGUCGAAGAUCAACAGCAGUUCUAUUAGAGAGGAGAACAAAAGGCCAACCCCAUCGUCGACACCGAAUUCAAUAAACAAUUCGGAUGUUGAACCAACUGCGGCUAUUCAACAAGCUCUUUCUGGAGACAACAUCACGGAGAAGCAUAGGAAGUUGUCGGAGCUCAUUUUGCAACUGCAGAUGGCUAGAGAACAGCUUGUUACAGAACAGCAACUGGAAUCAGAUAAGAUCCUACAAGAACAAACCCAUUAUGCUCUUGCCUCAGAUUAUGCUAUGUGGAACGAACACCUACAACUUCAACUUGACUUGAUGAAAUAUGAUUACCGAUAUCCAUGA